AUGAAACUACUAAGAGUUACCCCCGAAAAAAAUAUUGAAUUCCCUCUUGUGCAUUUUCAAGCAGUUACACAAGUAGUUAAGUUAGAAAAUAUAAGUGAUAGAAAAGUUGCAUUUAAAAUAAAAACAACUGCUCCAAAUAACUAUUUAGUUAGGCCAUCUUUUGGGCUAAUUAAUGUAAGAGAGACAAUAGACAUUCAAAUAAUUUUACAGCCCUUAUCAGAUAAAGAUAAUAUAUCAAAUGAUAAAUUUCAAGUUCAAUGCUUAAAUGUCGAUAAUGAUACAACUGUUGAUAAACAAUUUUGGGUCACAGUUAAUAAAAGUGAAAUACAAGAUCACAAACUUGUAGUUGUAUUAAACGAUGAAAGCUCAAGUAAAUUGCCCCAUUCAUAUUUACCAUCUAAUAAUAAUCCUAUUUCAGAAAUGAAUCAUAAAAAUCACAAUUUAAAUUAUACAGAUACUAGCAUAAAUCCAGACGAUGGAUUAAAAGGAAGUUUGCCGAGCAUGCAGAGAAAAUACCACGAGCUUUUAAAUUAUUGUGUUUUUGUGGAUAAACAAAAAGUGGCAUUAGAAAAAGAAAACGAAAGUUUAAAAAACCAAUUGAAAGCAUAUAAUAACAAUUGUAAUAAAUUUUUUAUUGACAGUAAACUAAUACCUGUAAUUAUUGUUAUAAUAGCUAUUGUGACAAAGAGUAUGGGUUAUUGGUAG